GCUGGAGGAUGAAGUCUACGACGAGGACGGGAACACCCUGCAGGACUUCGCCUAUGACCACGAGCCCCUCGGUAUAGCGAAUCCGUCCUCCAUGAUCGGCGAGAUGUACACCUUGUAUUACCCACCGGAAAAGAGGCACGCCGAUGGGAUCUUCAACAAAGCCUACAGGAAACUCCUGGGCCAGUUAUCCGCCAGGAAAUAUCUGCACUCCCUGAUGGCCAAGAGGGUCGGGUAAGGGCUUCUGCUCUUUCUUUGCCGCG